CUACACUGCUUUGACUUUUCUUUGGUUUCUCCUGCGGAACAAAUGUUUUCAUUUCAUAUUUGCUCGGACAACAAUAACGAACGGAACAAUCACUGCAAUUCUGUUUGUGAUACCGGGAGCGAAGUUGUUACAGCUGAAAGUCAGCUUGUUUACAUUUCAUUAUAUAUUUGUAAGGUUAUUUGGCGACCGAAGUUCAGUUUUCAAUCUGUUGUUGCAGCCAGAGCCUUUGCUUCCCGAGCGUCGUUGAUUAUGGUUUAGACGGAGCCCUUUUCUCUGAGACAGCAGGAGAGAGCGCGGGGCAGCCAUGCUGACGUUGGCCAGUAAGCUGAAGAGGGACGAGGGGGUGAAGACUGGCCGUCCCCCUGGGGGCCCCUCCGACUCCUCUCACAGGGUCUCUAUCAGGGACCGACUGCUCAUCAAAGAAGUUGCAGAACUUGAAGCCAACCUCCCUAGUACGUGUAAAGCCAGCUUCCCUGAUGAGAACAAGCUACACCACUUUCAGCUGGCUGUCUCUCCAGAUGAAGGCUACUACCAGAGUGGAACGUUCCAUUUUGAAAUAGACGUCCCUGAAGCCUACAACAUGGUGCCUCCCAAAGUGAAAUGCCAGACCAGAAUAUGGCACCCCAACAUUGCUGAGACGGGGGAGAUCUGUUUGAGUUUGUUGCGGGAGCACUCUAUCGACGGCACGGGCUGGGCCCCUACCAGAACGUUGAAGGAUGUAGUCUGGGGAUUGAACUCCUUGUUUACCGAUCUACUUAACUUUGAUGACCCGUUGAACAUUGACGCGGCCGAGCAUCAUCUGCGUGAUAAGAUCUAUCUCUCUAUCGGCCACCCCCUCCUUUUCAUCAUCCCAUCCACCUCUCCAUCCAUCCCUCCAUUCCUUCCACUGCCUAUCAUGACAGCCUCUACUGAGAUGGUGUUCAGGAGGAUUUCCGGAAUAAGGUUCAGGAUUACAUCAAGCACUACGCCAGGUGAUGACUGCAUCAGCUGCGCCAGCUGCCUGCUCCCCCCCCCCCCCCUCCCCCGUCUGUGACUGCGCAGCUGAACCCCGUCCCUAAUGUCUCAUCAACCAACUAACCGCUGCGCACCGCUGACACGCCCCGACUGCAAUAAGACGUCGCUGGAAGAAUGAAAGAUUAAACACGUUUUUUUAAAGUUUGAGGAGGGACUUGUUUAUUGGACCAGAGUAAUCAUCCGUCACAACAGGGAUCGUCCAAUGACUGGGCUUCUCGUUGUGUCUGAGCCAAUCAGAGUGGGCGCCGGUGGCAGUGAGGACCCGGGAUUUAAUCAAUCCAGUUAUCUGUUAUUUAAGAAUCGGCAAAUCAAAGAGAAAGAUGAUCUGUUAGUUUUUCUCAGUUCUAGUGCCUGCCAUGUUUGUGUUGCAAAGAAAAUGCACGAGCUCACACGCGCGCGCACACACACACACACACACACACACAAUCCCUUCAUGCACAUUGAGAAACGAACAUACUCAACUAGCUUCUCACAACACACAGCACUUGGCUGUGCAUGCAAACACACAGCUAGAAAAAGGACAUAUCUGUUAUGUCACUCGUUCCUGCCCACCCCCAACUCACCAGACAGCAUGUGAAUGACAAGUGCCACCAACCCAGUCCCCAUUCAACCCAGUCCCCAUUCAACCCAGUCCCCAUUCCAGUCAGUCCCCAUAUUCUCCAUUUCACUCUGGAUAUGUCUGAAAAGGCACCCUAAUAAUCCCAAUAAUCACAACCCUAUAGGCCCUGGUCAAAAGUAGUGAGUGCAUUAUAUAGGGCAGAGAUAUUCAACUCGGACCCUACGUGGGCCGAAGCCUGCUGUUUUUUAUCUCUCUAUCCUGCUGCUUUUCCCUCCACACCUCUUAGGCCCCACCCACCUCAUGUGUUCUCCUCUGCCCCCAAGGUAGGGGAAUACCAGGGCGCUCUCCCUCUCCUAGGUUGUGUAUGAGUCCUCUGAUUAGUUUUCUGAAGGGAGGGCCUGUGGUCUCGCUCUCUUCUUUGUCCUUGUGUGUCUGUCUGUCCCUCCGUGUGUGUGUGUGUGUGUGUGUGUGUGUGUGUGUAGCUUUGCCUGGGCUGGCUUUGUGCCUGUGUGCACAUUGGAACAUAACAUUCAGUGUCAUCACUGUAUUAAACAUUGUAUUUACGUUUCCAUGAGGCAAAGUGUAUGUGAUCAGGAGGUGGUGUAUUUUAGUGUGUGUGAGCGCGUGUGCGCGUGCUUUCAAAUGAACAAGUUCAGAUUUGACUUGUUAGCAUGCUCUGGUUCCUAGCCCCACACUCCUUGUUUUACUGGCCCAGCUAGCCUAGUUUCCUGUGAGGCUCAGGAGGGUCUGUCCCUCAGUUCAAAUCCUCCUUUGCUUUCAGAUUGUAUAUCGUUUUUUAAAGAUAUAUUAAAGAGGAUGUAAUAAGGAAAA